CGCAUGCGCACUCGACUGUUCAUAUGUUGUGGCAGUUUGCCUCUUGCUUCUUCAGGUAGACGGUAGGAAAAUAUUUAAUACAAUUUUAAAGACAAACGGGCAGGUGCUUGUUGCUGCUUAUUCAGGUUAAAGCUAUAAAAUACAAAUGUAUAUAAAACGUAUAUAUUUGCAGAUAGCUGUGUGUGGUGUGUGUCACUCCACACACAUAACAGCACUAGAGAUUCCAUCGCCCCAGUCCUUGCAAAGCUCCACUGGCUUGAGUACCUUGUAAAGCGCUAUACAAAUACAAAUGAUUAUUAUCAUUAAGCUAACCUCCGACCCAGUCUUUCCAGGUAAGGGCCCUCGCAUGGCGAGUGAGCAGAUCCAUGGAGGUGAUGAGGAGGCAGGAGCAGAUGGAGCAAUGCUGUGGUCCAUCCGGGAGGCCGUGGAGAGGCAGACCGUGCAGAUAGGAGCCUCGGCCUGCGGGGCCACAGCUGUGGUGGACGUGCUGAAGGCCCUCGGCGUGGAGGUGCCCCCCGAGGAAGCGGACCGCUGCGUCCGGACCCGCCUGAGGAGGAACGAGUCCCCGCUACCCGACUACCUGCUGUCCCGGAGUGAAGCAGGUGCAACUCAUUCUCAGCUCAUCCAGGGAGCACAGGAGGCCAGCAAGGGGAAGGUAGUGGGACGCUUCUUCCACUUCCACCCUCGGCGGCUGGUCGGGCUGAUCCUCUGGCUCGCACGCUGGAUCCGAAAAGGCGCUGUUCCCGUGGCGACCAUGAACAUGCAGCUGGCCGUGCCCGAGGGAGAGGAAGUGCCGGACGCCUGGCACCACCAGCUCAUAUUUGGCGUUGCACCCAAUACUGUUUUCAUGACCAACCCUUUAGAUGUCGGCAGUGAGGAGGAGGUCCACCAGAGGCUCUGCAGUGAAUCUGUGUUGCUGAUUCGUCGAGAAGAUGUCCUGCAGAGACUGACGCCGGAUUGCUGUCUGUCCGGUUUGUCUGAGAGUCGGUCCGACCCUCGGUGGAAAGCCCUGGAUGUCGAGGGUCAAGUGAGGCAGGUGGCCCUCGAAGAGGAGCAGGAGCCAGAUCGACCCGGGUCGGUGCACGUGACCAUCCCGGCGGCGUACAGCUCGGGCAUCACGCUGUUCGCCCUGCGAGAGUCCCUCUUAGGUCAAGAACUCCUCGAUGCCCCCGAACUCCCUCUCCUGUAACACUACUGCCACUCGUGCUCCUCAAGGCUUAUUUAUUGUGACAUGAAAAUGAAAAACACCUGAUUGAUCCCGGUGCUUUAGGAUCAGCAGACAUCCUCCUGAAGGGACACGACUGGAGGAGGGGUUCAAAGGGAGAGAGAGCGAGGGACAACCAAAGCCAUGAUAUAUGAUCCGUACCGAUGAUGCAGCUGUAGCACAGCCGGUCGCAGGCUGCAGACAAUGAACCGCGUAGCAGAAUGUGUUGCAGAUGUGUGCUCGUGCUGUAAAGGGACUAUAAAACCGUGCACCACAAACACCAAUUGUUGACACUUAUUGUUGAUACAUCUGUUUUCUAACCUAAACUGCACAUGCCCCCUCCUGCACCUUUAGCAGUGAGUGGCCACACAUUCAGCUGAAACAGCUGCAAAUAUUUGUCAUUUUGUCUUAACAGUUUGGUGUGAGUGCAUUAAGUUUCACGUAACGAGAGGAGCAUUCAUGCAUUCAUUUCACUGCUGUAAUUUACGAUGAUCAAGAGCUUCAGCAGACUUGACUGAGCUGAUUGCUGAUGAGCUCAUUUCAAUAAAUGUCAUAUUUAUGGGAUUAAAUAUCAA